AUGAAAACAUUUAUCAUUGGAAUCAGUGGCGUCACAAAUGGUGGAAAGACAACACUGGCUAAGAAUUUGCAGAAACAUCUCCCAAACUGUAGUGUCAUAUCUCAGGACGAUUAUUUUAAGCCAGAGUCAGAGAUAGAGAUGGAUAAAAAUGGAUUUUUACAAUAUGAUGUGCUUGAUGCACUUAACAUGGAGAAUAUGAUGUCUGCCAUUUCCUGCUGGAUGGAAGAAAACCCAGAGGCCCCUCCACUGUCAACAGACAGCCAAAGCUCCAUGGACAUUCCCAUCUUAAUCAUCGAGGGUUUCCUUCUCUUCAGUUAUAAGCCCCUUGACACUUUAUGGAAUAGAAGCUAUUUUCUGACCAUACCGUAUGAAGAAUGUAAAAGGAGGAGGAGUACCAGGGUCUAUGAACCGCCAGACCCGCCGGGCUACUUCGAUGGCCAUGUGUGGCCCAUGUAUCUAAGGCACAGAAGGGAAGUUGACACCAUCACCUGGGAAAUUGUUUACCUAGAUGGAACAAAGUCUGAAGAAGACCUCUUUUCCCAAGUAUAUGAAGACAUAAUGCACCAACUAGCCAAGCAAAAGUCUUUAGUAAAAGACUCUCAUUUCAAUGGCAAAGAAAUUAUCUCUUGGACAAAGUGA